UCAACACUUCCCUGUCAAUAGAAAGACGUAAGGCGAUCUUAUUUAAGAUCGAGCCUAAAUUAGCUAAUUUAGCUCUGUCAGAAUCUGGUAGUGAGGCACAGGGCCUCCUCUUUGGUGACUCAUUCAUUAAAGACAUGAGCAAAUUUGUGGGAGCAUUCACGGCCCUUGACAAGGCCCAAUCCUCCAUGAAGAGGGUUUUCCACCCUCGUUUUUCUCACAGGGCCGGCAGCUCCAGGGGCCGUCUGUCCGGCCGCUCCUCUUUCCAGACCCGGGGCUCGGGUCGAGGUUCCUACAGCCACCGAUCCUAUUCAGAUAGAUCCUCAUUCCAGGACUCCAGACAACCAAUGGGUUUCUUCCCAUCCCGAGGCGCCCCCAAUCGUAGAGGUUUCCGUGGAAACUACGGCUCCCGCCGCCCUUUUGGUAAGUGUACCACCACUUCUUUUUUCUCCACUUUGUGUAGGGGGCAGACUACGACAUUUUUCUCGUCCUUGGUCCGCCAUCACCACGGACACUUGGGUGCUCUCCACAAUCCUUGGUUUCCAGAUAGAGUUGGUAAGUUUUCCGUUUCUUCCCAACCCCCCCUACCCUAUGGCCACUUCAUCAGAGACCCUCUUCCACAUAGACAGGGAAUUGAUGGACCUACACAGAAAGGAGGCGAUCGAACGUGCUCCAGAUUACUCCGGAGGAGUUCUCAGCACUAUCUUUCUGGUGCACAAGAAGGGCGGCCAGAUGCGCCCAGUCAUCAACCUACGCCCCCUAAACAGGUUUGUGCGAUAUCGACACUUCAAGAUGGAGGGCAUCCAUCUUCUCAGGGAUCUCCUACUAAAAGGAGAUUGGAUGGUGAAACUCGACUUAAAGGACGCGUACCUCACCGUCCCUGUAGAGGAAUCCUCCAGAGACCUGCUUCGCUUCAAAUGGAAGGGAGAAAUUUGGCGUUUCACUUGCCUCCCCUUCGGUCUUUCAUCGGCUCCAUGGUGUUUCACCAAACUCAUGCGGCCGGUGGUAGCAUGGCUCCGCAGUCGAGGAAUUCGACUAAUUAUCUACCUGGACGACAUACUUCUGCUGGCCCAGGACAGACAGACCCUUCUCUCACAUCUGGAACUCACUUCAAGCCUAUUAACCGGAUUGGGAUUCCUCAUCAACUACGACAAGUCCGUUUUGACACCAGCACGGAUAAUGGAAUUCCUAGGGUUUUCCGUGGAUUCGGUAACAGAAACCCUCAGUCUUCCGACGACAAAGAUCAAGGAGAUUCGCAAGGAACUACGCAGAACGCUGGACAUGCCCCGGAUUUCCCUUCGACAUCUGGCUCGAAUCAUCGGUCUUCUAUCGUCCUCCAUCCAGGCCGUUUUUCCAGCUCCUUUACACUACCGAGCCCUACAACGCCUGAAGACGGCGCAUCUUCACAAAGGAGCCACCUACGCGGAUUUUAUUUGUCUGGACGACGAAACUCGGGACGAGAUCCAUUGGUGGAUCGGCAAUCUUCAAGCCUGGAACGGGAAGGCGAUUUGCGGUCCCCGUCCGGAUUUCACAGUAGAGUCGGACGCCAGCCUACUUGGUUGGGGGGCCCACUGCGAGGGCAUUUCGACCGGGGGUCGUUGGUCAGUAGAAGAGUCUCCUUUACACAUCAACGCCUUGGAACUCCUGGCGGGCUCAUUCGCUAUUCGCAGUUUUGCGAAGGACAUGACCAAGGUUUGCAUUCGACUAUGUAUGGACAACGUCUCCGCUGUCCGUUAUGUCAAUGCCAUGGGCGGUACCCAUUCUCCCAUGCUGUCUCAUUUGGCCAGGGAUUUCUGGUCUUUCUGUCUGAAUCGGGAACUUACAGUGGUGGCGGAAUACAUCCCAGGACUACACAACGUUCAGGCGGACUGGAGCUCACGCUAUCUCAAGGAUACCAGCGACUGGAGAUUAGAUGCGCAGGUGUUUUCUACCAUCUCCUCAAUCUGGGGUCCUGCUUGCAUCGAUCUCUUCGCCUCCCGUUUGAACAAACAACUACCGAGGUUCUUCAGUUGGCGCCCGGAUCCAGAAGCGGAGGCUGUAGACGCAUUCCUUCAAGAUUGGUCAGAGGAUCUUCACUACGCGUUUCCGCCGUUCUCAAUGAUUCCGAGAACCCUGAACCAGGUCCGCUCCCAAUCAGCGGAGAUCAUCUUGAUCGUUCCGUUCUGGACCACUCAGUCAUGGUUUCCCAACCUUCUAGAACUUCUCAUCUUCCCUCCUUUUCUUCUACCAGUCUACCCAGAUCUCCUCUUAGGUCCGGAAGACGCUCAACAUCCUCUCCUUCUGGAGGGUUCUCUCCGAUUACUGGCGUGCAGAGUUUCAGGCGUUCCUACCAAGGCUAUGUCCUUUCGGAACCAACUUGGAGAUUACUGGAAGAGUCUUGGGCUCCUGGCACCAGACGGGCUUAUAGAGCGGCCUGGAGAUCUUGGUCUAGUUGGUGCGUGGACCGGGGUCUGGAUCCCGUUUCGGCCACUGUAACAGACAUCUUAAAUUUCCUUACUUCCCUAUUCGACGAUGGUAAGGCUUAUCGGACUAUUAAUCUUUUCAGGUCCGCCAUUUCCUCUUUUCAUCAAGGUUUUGAAGGCCGUCCUUCAGGCCAACACCCUUUAGUCUGCCGCCUACUUAAAGGCGCCAGGAUGUCUCGUCCUCCCAGACCACGCCUUUCCACCACUUGGGAUGUUUCUCUGGUCUUAAAUCUUUUUUCUUCCUGGCCACCCAAUUCGGAACUCUCAUUACGCCAAUUGUCAGCUAAACUGGUCACUCUGUUCUGUCUAAUCUCUUGUAAGAGAGUUUCUGACGUGAGAGCGUUAGAUUAUAACGCCAGAUUUUUCUCUCCUGAAGGAGUCACCUUUGACAUUUCUCGUCGGACUAAGACCCAGAUUCGUUCUGUGUCUUAUCCUUCUUUUCCGGGAACUCCUGCCCUUUGUCCCGUAUCUUGCCUACGUGAAUACGAGUCUCGAACUUUACCGCAUCGUUCCAUCGAGCUUCCUCAGUUGUUCCUUUCUUACCGACGUCCGUUUGCCCCAGUUUCCACCACAACUUUGGCUAGAUGGGUUAAGUGGCUCAUGUCUUUAGCGGGUGUUGAUACUUCAAUAUUCACCGCUCAUUCUACUCGAAGCGCAUCGUCUACUUCUAUGAUGGCGGCGGGCGCUCGCCUGGAGGACGUUAUGAAAAUUGCAGACUGGUCCAGAGUAUCGACUUUCAGAGACUUCUAUUUUCGUCCUACUCAACAUGUUUUUACUCCUGUUAUUGGACAGCUUUAAACUCGCAAUAGGAGCCUCCGUGUCUUGAAAUAAAAUUAUAUGAUUUUGCUAAUUUAUGACGUAAAGUCAUGAUUUUAUGAAAGACACGGAGGCGAGUAUUGCCCUCCCUCACUUAUUCUCCCUCCCUGCUCACUUUAGUUUAGUUAUUUAUUUAUUUAAUGAAUUAUUGUAUUAUUUUGACCUGGUGACGAUCACUUAUACUUGCCAUUUUAUUAUGCUCCUUGCUGCUUUGCAUGCACAUGUUCCUUUAGUGUUACUAUUACCCCCUCUAUGUGAUUCUCCUUUUUCUCUUUUCUCCUAGUGUGACUUAAUCCUCACUAUCGGCUGGAUUACAUAUGAUCUACAUUCUUAGUUCCCAGUUUCGACAUUGCAGUUCCGGUUUGACCAGUUCUCGGCUUCUGUUUCAAAGUUCCUGAAGAGUUGGAGUGGCAUCCGCCAAGAAAGAGGAAGGCUUCCUGCAACAGAGACUAUAUAUAGGGGAGCAAGUGGGAGGAGCUUGUUACCAUGGAGAUAUGCUAAUCUCCUAAGUUUUUUCUUUGCUGCUGUGGUUUUGUCAGU